CAAAUAAAUAAGAUACGCAUCAAAGCAUUUGCCUAUUCUCACUCGCUCGAAUCUCAGAUCUCUCUCUCGUCUAGCGGAGUCUUCGAGAUCAUCAUCACUUCUCUACCAUGGCGUCCGCAAGCUUCGUCAAGCUAAACGCUCUCUCUUCUCCUCGGAUCAGCCACCGCUCCUUCGCUCACCCCUCCGCCUCUCCUCCUCCUCGUGUCUCCUUCGCGAUCCGCGCCGGUGCUUACUCCGACGAACUCGUCAAAACCGCCAAAACCAUCGCAUCCCCUGGGAGAGGUAUACUAGCGAUCGACGAGUCUAACGCGACUUGUGGGAAGAGGCUCGCUUCGAUUGGGUUGGACAACACCGAGGAGAACCGUCAAGCCUACAGGCAGCUUCUGCUAACGACCCCUGGCCUCGGAGACUACAUCUCCGGUGCCAUUCUCUUCGAGGAGACUCUUUAUCAGUCCACCAAAGACGGCAAGAAGUUUGUCGAUUGCUUGAACGAUGCCAAGAUCGUCCCCGGGAUCAAAGUUGACAAGGGCUUGGUUCCCCUUCCUGGCUCCAACGAAGAGUCUUGGUGCCAAGGCUUGGAUGGAUUGGCUUCACGUUCCGCUGAGUACUACAAGCAAGGCGCUCGUUUCGCCAAGUGGAGGACAGUUGUGAGUAUUCCUUGCGGUCCUUCAGCACUAGCUGUCAAGGAAGCUGCGUGGGGGUUAGCUCGCUAUGCAGCCAUCUCUCAGGACAACGGGCUUGUGCCAAUAGUGGAGCCAGAGAUUCUUCUGGAUGGUGACCACCCGAUUGAGAGGACGCUUGAGGUUGCUGAGAAAGUGUGGUCUGAGGUGUUCUUCUACUUGGCGCAGAACAAUGUUAUGUUUGAGGGGAUAUUGUUGAAGCCCAGCAUGGUUACCCCAGGUGCUGAGCACAAGAACAAGGCCUCUCCCGAGACCGUCGCUGAGUACACGCUCACCAUGCUCAAGAGGAGAGUUCCACCGGCCGUUCCAGGGAUCAUGUUUCUGUCUGGAGGACAGUCUGAGGCGGAGGCUACGCUGAACCUGAACGCUAUGAACCAGAGCCCGAACCCGUGGCAUGUGUCCUUCUCCUACGCGCGUGCCCUGCAGAACUCUGUGCUCAGGACGUGGCAAGGGAAACCCGAGAAGAUCGAGGACUCGCAGAAGGCUCUAUUGGUUAGGGCAAAGGCCAACUCACUGGCACAGCUCGGGAAAUACUCAGCGGAGGGAGAGAAUGAAGAUGCCAAGAAAGGAAUGUUCGUCAAGGGUUACACCUACUGAUUUGUUUUAAAUUUGGUCCCAACUUGAAGAGAUCUUAAUAAGGACCUUUGUUGUCUCUUUCUGAAGUUUUCUCCUUUUUUUUGUUUUUGUUUUGGUUUUGUCUUUGUUCAAACCCAUGAGAAAGAAACUCACAAAAUGACGAUGAUAUGUAUGUGAGAAACUCUAAAUCUAUAUUUCCUCAAGAUUUCAAACUA